CCCUAUUUUGGGGCCCAAAUUUGCAGGACAGGAACUGUUGACAAUUAAGUGAUGAAACUCUCCAAAAAAAUGGAGGCAGAGAAAGACUCUGGAAGAAGAUUGCGAGCUAUUGGCAGAAGGCGCUACGACGAGAACGAGGACCUCUCGGAUGUGGAGGAAAUCGUCAGCAUCAGGAGUUUCAAUUUGGAGGAGAAAUUAAAGAGUAAAACGUAUCGCGGGGAUUUCGUGCGUGCCAUGGACGGGAAAGAUUUUACUUUUGAGUAUGUGCAAAGAGAAGCCCUCAGAGUUCCACUUAUCUUCAGAAAUAAGGAUGGACUGGGAAUUAAAAUGCCUGACCCGGAUUUCACCGUCAGAGAUGUGAAGCUAUUAGUGG